GCAAACAAACAGUAGACGAAGAGAAGAAACAACAGGGAAAGAGCAGGGCACUCUUUGCCUCUUCUUCUUCUUCUUCUACUUCUUCUCUUUCCUCUUACUCUAGAUUUCUCCGCCUCUCUCCUCUCUUUAAACGGUAACAAAGUCCAAGACUUUGAAUCAAUCGAAAUCAAACCUUCUUAGCAUCAAAAUUAUGUACAAAGAUCGAAGCGGAGGCAUAAUGGGCAGUGGUGGUUCAUCGAGAACGGACCUCCUCAGCGGAGGAGCUAUUGAUCGGAAACGGAUCAACGAAGCCUUAGACAAACAUCUCAAGAAAACUUCCACUUCUAAAGGCGAAGACUCAAACCCUCCUUCAACCUCCACAGGCACAGCUAAAUCUCACCUUCCAGAUCAAUCUGAAACCGAUAACAGCGAAGAAGGAUCCGACGUGAGUGGCUCGGAAGGUGGUGGUGAUGAUGAUGACACGUCGUGGAUCUCGUGGUUCUGUAACUUGAGAGGGAACGAGUUUUUCUGUCAAGUGGAUGAAGAUUAUGUGGAGGAUGAUUUUAAUCUCUGUGGGUUGAGUGCUCAAGUUCCUUACUAUGACUAUGCACUUGAUCUUAUCUUAGAUGUUGAAUCAUCAAACAGUGAUAUGUUUACUGAAGAACAGAAUGAGCUGGUGGAAUCAGCUGCUGAGAUGUUGUAUGGUCUUAUUCAUGUUCGUUACAUUCUCACUACUAAAGGAAUGGCUGCUAUGUUGGAGAAGUACAAGAACUGUGAUUUUGGAAGGUGUCCGAGAGUGUUCUGCAGCGGGCAGUCUUGUCUUCCGGUUGGGCAAUCUGAUACACCGAGGUCGCGUACGGUGAAGAUAUACUGCCCAAAAUGCGAGGAUGUUUACUACCCCCGAUCUAAAUACCAAGGCAACAUUGAUGGAGCUUACUUUGGGACUACUUUCCCACAUUUGUUUCUCAUGGCUUAUGGGAACCUGAAACCUCAGAAGCCCACUCAAAGCUAUGUUCCUAAAAUCUUUGGAUUUAAGGUGCACAAGCAGCAAUGAGAGGCUUUCUCCUCUCACCAGUCCAAUGAGUUUUAACGCAAUCUCGGUGGCCAACACUUCCUCUUGAUUUUAAAAGGGAUCAAUACUAGCUUGUGGUUGGGGAGAAUGAGAAGAGCUAUGACAAAAGGUCAAAUGUAUGUAAUUUUGGAAGAAACCGAGCUUAUAUAUAGAAUGCUUGAGGGGUGGGCACAAAUACUUGAUACUCGGUUUGUACCCGCUACUUGAUUUGGCUCGGUUUGACUUGGCUCGGUUUGAAAAAACAAGUACUUGAUACAAUCAAGUCGAGUAACAAGUAAGCGGAUUUUAUUACUCGCAAGUACAAGUCAAGUAUCAAGUUCGUUUUUAUUUUUAACUACUUGAUUGGUUACUUGACUUGUUACUUGAUAUCCUUUACUUGUUCCGUUACUUGUUCUAUAUUACUUCAUUUAUUAAAUAUUUGGUAUUAA